CUUCCGGCGAAGCCAUCCUAGACGCUACCAUGCGGCAGUCAUACAAUGGGGGCGGGACAAGAGGGAAUUACGUCACCAGUCCCGCCCCCAGCAGAGGCCCCGCCCCUGUCUGGUAAUGAGGCCUCAGUGACCGCACUCCCCGUAUAUACAGCCGCCGCGCUGCAUGCCGGGAGUUGGAGUUCCCGUCUUGCAGGCCAUUUAGCUGUGAGGAACCGGAGACCCUUUACUAGAAGUCACAUAAAUGAUGUCACGGAGGAUGGACAAGGACAGGAGUCAUGUGACUGAAAGGAUAUUAAACCUCACUGUGGAGGUCAUCCAGCUGCUGACAGGAAAGGAUCACACAGUAGUGAGGAAGACAUCUGGGAAGUGUGAGACACCCAGUAGCCAUCUUUGUGUGUCAGGAGGACUGAGCAGGACCCAGAGCCCCAUCACAGUGCCUCCACCUCGCUCACUGACACAUGAGAGGCACAGUGACCAGAAGAUCCUGAAGCUCACCAACAAGAUCAUCCAGCUGCUGACUGGAGAGGUUCCUAUAAGGUGUGAGGACGUCACUGUCUAUCUCUCCAUGGAGGAGUGGGAGUAUAUAGAGGAACACAGGGGUCUGUACAAGGACGUGAUGAUGGAGAAUCACCAGGCAUUGAAGAUGGAUAUGACUGAGAGGAUAAUAAAUCUCUUCCUGGACAUCAUCUGUGUGCUGACUGGAGAGGAUCACACAGUAGUGAAGGGAACAUCUGGAGAGUGUGAGCCACCCAGCAGCCAUCACCGUGUGUCAGGAGGACUGAGCAGGACCCAGAGCCCCAUCACGGUGCCUCCACCUCAUUCACUGAUACAUGAGAAGCACAAUGACCAGAAGAUCCUGGAUCUCACCAACAAGAUCAUUCAGCUGCUGACUGGAGAGGUUCCUAUAAGGUGUGAGGAUGUCACGGUCUCUUUCUCCAUGGAGGAGUGGGAGUACAUAGAGGAACACAGGGGUCUGUACAAGGACGUGAUGAUGGAGAAUCACCGGCCCCUCACAUCACUGGAUGGGGCCAGUAACAGGAAUACCCCAGAGAGAUGUCUCCGUCCUCUGUAUUCCCAGGAUCAUACAGAGGAGAAUCACAGUGUCCCACAGGAGGGUCUGGGUGAAGAUCUUAUUGAUGUUAAAGUAGAAGAUAUAAAAGUAGAUGAGCAGACGCAUGUGAUGGGUGAUCAGCAGUGUAAGGAGGAGGAAAUCCCUACAGAUAUCAGCACAGACCCAUCUAAAGAUCCAUCUACUGAUAUAAAGGAGGAAUCAGUCUCAUGUGAUGGAGACCUCACACAUACUGACAUGUAUACAGCCGCAGAUCAUACACAGAAAAUAUCUACUCAUAUAAAAAGCAACUGCAUUACAAAUGCGUCUUGCUCUGGAUGUGAAAAAUGUUUUACUCUUAAUUCAGACCUUGUUAUACAUCAGAGGAGUCACACAGGAGAGCCACCAUAUUCCUGCUCAGAAUGUGGGAAAGGGUUUAGAAGUAAUUCAGAACUUCUUGUACAUCAGAUGAUUCAUACAGAUGAAAAACUGUUUUCUUGCUCAGAAUGUGGGAAAUGUUUUAAAGUAAAUUCACAUCUUGUUAAACAUCAGAUGAUUCAUACAGGACCAUCCCCACAUUCCUGCUCUGAAUGUAAGAAAUGUUUUAGAUGUAAAUCAGAACUUGUUAUACAUCAGAGAAGUCACACAGGUGAGAGACCUUAUUCUUGCUUGGAAUGCGAGAAAUGUUUUCCAAUUAAAUCACUACUUGUUAGACAUCAGAGAAGUCACACAGGUGAGAGACUAUAUUCUUGCUCGGAAUGUGAGAGAGUGUGUAUAAGUAAUUCAGAACUUGUUAGACAUCAGAGAAUGCAUACUGGAGAGAAACCAUUUUCCUGCUCUGAUUGUGGGAAAUCUUUUACACUUAAAUCAGCUCUUGUUCGACAUCAGAAAAGUCACACGGGGCAGAGACCAUAUUCCUGCUCUGAGUGUGGGAAAUGUUUUACAAGCCAUCCACAUCUUGUUAUACAUCAGAGACUUCACACCGGAGAGAGACCGUAUUCUUGCUCGGAAUGUGGGAAAGGGUUUGAAGUAAAUGCACUACUUGUUAGACAUCAGAUGAUUCACACAGGAGCAUACCCAUAUUCCUGCUCUGAAUGUGAGAGAGGUUUUUCAAUUAAAUCAGAACUUGUUAGACAUCAGAGACGUCACACAGGUGAGAGACCGUAUUCUUGCUCGGAAUGUGGGAAAGGGUUUAAAAGUAAUACAGGACUUGUUAUACAUCAGAGACGUCACACCGGAGAGAGACCGUAUUCUUGCUCUGAAUGCGGGAAAUGCUUUACAUGCAAUUCAAGAUUGAGAAGACAUCAGAUGAUUCAUACAGGAGCAUACCCAUAUUCCUGCUCUGAAUGUAAGAAAUGUUUUAGAUCUAAAUCAGAACUUGUUAUACAUCAGAGAAGUCACACAGGUGAGAGACCUUAUUCUUGCUUGGAAUGCGAGAAAUGUUUUCCAAUUAAAUCUCUACUUGUUAAACAUCAGAGAAGUCACACAGGUGAGAGACUAUAUUCUUGCUCGGAAUGUGAUAAAGAGUAUAGAAGUAAUACAGAUCUUGUUGAACAUCAGAGAAGCCAUACCGGAGAGAAACCAUUUUCCUGCUCUGCUUGUGGGAAAUCUUUUACACGGAAAUCAGAUCUUGCUCGACAUCAGAAAAGUCACACGGGGCAGAGACCAUAUUCCUGCUCUGAGUGUGGGAAAUGUUUUACACGCCAUCCACAUCUUGUUAGACAUCAGAGUCUUCACACCGGAGAGACACCGUAUUCUUGCUCGGAAUGUGGGAAAUGCUUUACACGUAAUUCACAACUUGUUGUACAUCAGAGACGUCACACCGGAGAGAGACCAUAUUCUUGCUCAGAAUGUGGGAAAGGGUUUGAAGUAAAUGCACUACUUGUUAGACAUCAGAUGAUUCACACAGGAGCAUACCCAUAUUCCUGCUCUGAAUGUGAGAGAGGUUUUAGAUAUAAAUCAGAACUUGUUAGACAUCAGAGACGUCACACAGGUGAGAGACCGUAUUCUUGCUCGGAAUGUGGGAAAGGGUUUAAAAGUAAUACAGGACUUGUUAUACAUCAGAGACGUCACACCGGAGAGAGACCGUAUUCUUGCUCUGAAUGCGGGAAAUGCUUUACAUGCAAUUCAGUACUUACUAAACAUCAGAAAAGUCACACAAGAGUGAACCCAUGAUAUAGG